AUGGGUUGGUUUUGGGCCGAUGCAUCUCCCGCUAUUGCGGUUCCUGUUGGACACCCAGCGACUACCGACAAGGCCCCUCCACCAGGCUGCCCUAUGCAUCAAAAGUCAGCGGAUGCACUUAACCCUGCUGUCAAGCCUACGAAACCCGUACAUCCUCCUUCCACCACAGGAUGUCCUGUUCCUCACGACGCCCGAACCAAGGAGGAGCCCAAGUCUCUGAUCUCUCAGCUCAACCCGCUUAACUACAUGUUCCCAGAUCUAUCUCAGAAGCCUGCGCCUAACCAGGAAUUCGCCCUCCCGACCACCCGUGAUGAAUCCACCAUUCCCAAGGGCUCUGGAGACGGCAAGUGGGAGUACCCCUCUCCCCAGCAAAUGUACAACGCGCUCCUGCGCAAGGGAUACACCGAUACCGAUAUUACUGCCGUCGAGGGUAUGGUUUCGGUACACAACUUCUUGAAUGAGGGCGCUUGGCAGGAAAUUCUAGGGUGGGAGCAGCGCUUUGCGCGCGGCCUCUACAAAGGAUGGCAGAUCUGCAAGAGAGGCGAAGGACACUCCGAGGAGGAGCUUGUCCGACAUUGGGAUGGUGUUGACACAGAGCCCAGCCUUGUCCGCUUCCAGGGUCGGCCCAAGGAGUUGACUCCUAAGGCCCAUAUGAUGCAGGUUCUGGGCUGGAUUUACCCCUCCAAGUUUGGUACCGAACCACCAUUCGACCGACACGACUGGUACGUUGCACGAGAAAUCAACGGCCAGAGGAAGGAGAUCCGAUAUGUUAUUGAUUACUACUCUGGCGAGCCUGAUGCCCACGGCGAGCCAGUCUUCUUCCUUGAUGUGCGUCCUGCCGCUACUCCUUUGGGUGCGGCUGAGCGUAUUAUUCGCUGGAGCACAGAUACCUGGUGGAAGGCUAUUGGAGGCGAUAAGCAUGAGCAGGGCCCUCAGCCUUGGUUCCGAGGCUCUUCUUGA